AGAAUUUUCUUAAAUAUAAUUUGAAAAAAAAAAAAGGAAGAUAUAAAAAGCAGAAAAUUAAGUGGAAUACAAGUUAUACAACUGGGAAGCCUCAUUUUUCUUAGGAGGAUAAGCAAUAUUAGUCAUGCAAUGUGUACUGAACUGAGACAAUAUAUAUAUAUUCAACUCAAAGAAUUUCUGGGCAUGUCUACUUUCUUGUAGAAUAUAAUAAGGGAGUAUUGAACAUUUAAAAGUUUUGAGGGUUAAAAAGAUGUAAACUUCUCAUGAGGAACGAACCAUGGCUAUCAGUGCCCCAAUUUGGGGACUGGGACCAAAAGGGAGAAGUGCCGGACUACUCUCUCGAUUUCUCGAAAAUCAGAGAAAUGAGGAAACAGAACAAGAGGGAUGUAUCUAGAGCCAGUAUGGGAAACGAAGAAGAGCUCAUUGCCUCCUCAACCACCACCGAUACAAAUACGAGCCACAGUGAUGAUCACAAUUACCAUCAAAACCACUCUCCAACUACACGGAGGAGUAUUUUCAGCUAUUUCAAUUGUUGUGCAAAAGCGUGACUCAUGGAGUGGAGUUAGUAACUUAUAUGUAAUGAUAGGAUGUGGAAUGUGUAUUGAUUGCAAGAGACUAUUUCUAUUGUAUUUGUUGCUCUUUCUUGAGAUAAGUAGAAUUUUGUGAUGAUUUUGAUGUGUAUGUGAAUCUAAUGGACUGGUUUUGCUUCUUCCA